AAAUGUUCUCACUUUAUACCAACUCCGGGGGUCCAAGUGAGUCCCCCCUAGGGGAAAAGGUCUUGUCCAAAUAUCCAAAAAGAGGAACCUAUCUGAAGCCUUGGGGUAUGUCUAAGCAUGCCUGCCCGACUGUGACUGAUUGCUAUCAGGGUUAAGUGGUGAUUAAGCGGUGUCUGGGGUACCUCUGUUAGCGACUAUAGACAGGCAAGAAUGUGUCAAGAAGUGGUUCUUCAAAGAGCUCAUAAGAAGGCAAAAGAGAGGGAGAGCAAUAAUCGUUGUCCUUUGAGAACGAAGGGUGGUGUGAGAGAAAGUUCACAUUGGUUCUGGCCAGGCGGACCACGGUCUGGGGGCCAGAUUUGGGGAACCUCAGGUUCCCAGGCUCCAGCUUGUAGGCUGUGUUUACUCAAAUUAUUUCCUCAAAUAGAGUGAAGGAUAACAAUAUCUAACUCGUGGAGUUGUGAAGAUUCACUAAUACCGGAGGCAGGGCGACGGGCUCGGAGCAAGCGCUCACUUGGGUCUGUUCUUUCCGGGAACGGGUGGGGUAGAGAACGUAGGACUCCUCAAGGGAACUUCCAAGACUCGCGUCAUUCGUCACUUUGGCUGGUUUAUAAAAACUCCACCAGAGCCCCGACAUCAGCUUUUAGUUUCUGUUCUUUCCGAAGAAGCCUCUCGGUGCCCAGCUGGGGAACCUGACCCUCGAGGAGCCGUCCGGUGGUCGCCGCAGUCGUCGGCAGAUUAGCCCGCGCUUGUUCGCCCUCUUUCCACUAGGUUACCGUCGCGAUUGACUUUAAAUCUGACACAGGGACCAGGUCGGUGAGAUUUGGCCUCUCGACCCAAGCUUACUGGGAAACCGAAACCGCUGGGCUCGGCUAGCGGCGGCGGAGAGCGCACGCUCCCUCGCCCGGGGCGCGCCCAACCCGCGCGCCGCCCGUGCCCGCCCCCGGGACUCAAAGUAAGUUUCGAUUCUCCCUGGAGCAGAGUCUCGUGCCGCGGCCAGGCCAGCGCAGUGCGCCAUGGCGGACCCGGGGGUAUGCUGCUUCAUCACCAAAAUGCUGUGCGCCCACGGGGGCCGCAUGGCCUUGGAAGCGCUGCUCGACGAGAUGCAGCUUUCCGAGGCGCAGCUCUGCGAGGUGCUGGAACAGGCCGGGCCCGACCGCUUCGUGGUGUUGGAGACGGACGGCAAGGAAGGGGUCAUCCGGUCCGUGGUGGCCACCACUCGAGCCCGGGUCUGCCGUCGCAAGUACUGCAACAAACCCUGCGGAAACCUGCACCUCUGCAAGCUCAACCUGCUGGGCCGGUGCCACUAUUCGCAGUCGGAGCGGAAUUUAUGCAAAUAUUCUCAUGAGGUUCUCUCAGAAGAUAACUUCAAGGUCCUGAAAAAUCAUGCACUCUCUGGACUGAACAAAGAGGAAUUAGCAGUGCUCCUUCUCCAAAAUGACCCUUUUUUUAUGCCAGAGAUAUGCAAAAAUUAUAAGGGAGAGGGUGGAAGACAGAUUUGUAACCAGCAGCCACCGUGUGAAAGGCUCCACGUCUGUGAACACUUUACCCGAGGGAAUUGUGGUUACGCCAGCUGCUUCCGGUCCCAUAAACUGAUGGACAGAAAGGUGCUGGCCAUCAUGAGGGAGCACGGGCUGAGCUCAAGUGUGGUCCAGAACAUCCAGGACAUCUGCAACAGCAGGCACCGCCAGAAGAAACCCUCUGGGUGGAGAGCUCCUCCACGUCGCAGAGACGCGGCACACAGAGGGAGAAGCAAGAGCAGAGACCGGGGCAGCAGGGAGUCUCUUGCACACUCUUCAGGUUCUCCCCAGAGGUUCCGCACACCCACUCCAGAUUCCACCAGCAGCGGAUCUCCCCCGGAUGAUGGGCCUGUCAAGGAUCUUGCCCACAAGUUCACGCAUUUGGGAAGUCAGGAGUGCCCUCCGCCUUCCUCAGGCUCGUCCGCGGCUGCCAAUCUUGGAGGAACCGGUCAAGGGGGAGCAAGCCAGAGGUUUGCAGAGAAUGGCGGCCCAGAGGAUCUCUUCUAUGGGAAUCACAGCAAUACUUACUUCACUUUUGAUUUGACGUCAACUCCCAAGUGGAAGGGCCCCGCAUCCUGGCAGAAUGGCCAAGACACUGGUAGAGAGAGCUUGUUUUCUUCCAGCCAGGCUGUCUCCUUCUCACCUCUCGGUUCUCCACAAACACCUGAAACCAUCACCACCAGAAAGAGCACGGCCAUCCUUUCCUCGGACUGCGUGAACACGGAGGGCAGACGUGGGAAUCAAGACAGCCAGCAUUUCCCCCUUUUGAAAAAUAACGUCGAUGGCAUGGCCACAGAUGCCACUUCCGUGAGAUCGUUAAAUUACAAAACCACAGCCAGCAGGCAGAGAGAAAAAUCGUCACCUAGGGGUCAGGACACCGGAGUGAUUCCCAGUCAUCUGCAGGCCGCUGGCCAAACGACAGCUGCCGCCGACGGGGCCGUGGCCUUUGUUAAUGAUUCCGUAUCUGACGUUGCGAGUACCGUACGUUCUACGAGGGAUGAACAUGGCUCAAACGAAAUUUGUCUUGACCAUCUGUAUAAGGGCUGUCAACUUAAGAGCUGCAACAAAGUUCACUUCCACCUGCCCUACCGGUGGCAGAUGUUACUUGCAAACACCUGGAUAGACCUCCAGCUCAUGGAGAAUAUUGAGAAGGCCUUUUGUGACCCCAAAAUCUGCACCAUUUCUAUUGGAAAUUAUAAUAUCAAUUUCCAGAAGAUGACUUGUGAUUAUAAUCCCAUCCGACGUCUCUCCACGCCUUCAUCUGUCACAAUGCCAGCCAGUUCUCUCUUCACCACAAAAUGGAUUUGGUACUGGAGGAAUGGAUCUGGCAAAUGGGUUCAGUAUGGAGAGAAGAAAGACAAUGUGCAAAUUUCAAACAUCGACUCGUCAUACCUGGAGUCUCUUUUUCUAUCCUGUCCCAGGGGAAUUGUGCCAUUUCAGGCGGGUUCAGAAAACUACGAGCUGAGUUUCCAAGGGAUGAUUCAGACAAACAUAGCUUCCAAGACCCAAAAGGAUAUCGUCAGAAGGCCGACAUUUGUGUCUUACUGGGAUAUGGGGCAGGUGAAACGUGGACAAGACCAGCAGCAGGUGAGGACCCAACCAGAUCCUUUCAUCUCGGUAUUUCGUCCUCAACAGGUGGACACGUGCGUCUCAUCCUCGAAUGGCUAUGAGUUGCUUGAGAUCAAUCAUGACUGUCUGGAAUAUACCAAAGUGAGUGCGUAUUUUAAAGCUUCCAUGAAAAAUUUCAAGAUUGAAAAGAUAAGGAAGAUCCAGAACGAAAAGCUCUUGAAGGCUUUUGAAAGGAAGAAAAAGGAGAUGAAGACAAAGGAGCAAAUCCUAUUUUGUGCAGUGAGACGCACCCAUGUAGAGUCUAUUUGUGCGAAUAAUUUUGACUGGGUCUUACAUGGAAAUGGUAACACCAAAUAUGGAAAAGGAAACUACUUCACAAAAGAUGCCAUCAAUUCCCAUAAAAAUUGCCUGUGUGAUCCCAAAAACAUUGUUAUGUUUGUAGCCCGAGUCCUGGUUGGAGAUUUUAUUGAAGGACAUAUGGGUUACAUGAGCCCUCCUCUGCGGUAUGACAGCUGUGUGGAUACAAGGUUGAAUCCCUCUGUUUUUGUCAUCUUUCAGAAAGACCAGAUUUACCCAGAAUAUGUGAUUGAAUAUACCGAAACAGACAAAGCCUGUGUGAUUAGUUAGAAAUGAUGGUUACAGCAUCGUAAAGGAUGCCAUAACCCUUCUGUUCACUUAUAGAACCAGACUGCCCCAGAUGAUAGUUAAACUUACAUUUCCUCUCCUAUAAAUGCCUUCGAUCAGUGGUUCCCAAACUUUGCUGCACAUUGGAAUCAUCUGGGAAGCUCUAAAAAAUUCCACUGUCCAGAUUUCACCCCAUUCCAACUAAAUCACUUUUUCUGGGGAUGAGAGCCAGGAAGAGGAUUGAAACGUGUCAUAAAGUUUGGGAAUCACUGCCUUAGAUGUAAGUGGUAAAGACUCACUUGUAAAACUUCUGUAACUGCAGCAAACUUUCUCUUCCAACUACUUUUAGUUCAUUGCAUGACAUGGUUUUGUUUUCGUUAAAUUGAAAGAAAAUUCAUUUGGGAAAUUUGAGAGAAAUCUAAAAAUACCUAUUGAAAUAAGGACAUAAGACAGUACAAGCAAAUCUUGGAUGGAAGAUUGUGAAAAGUUGGCGGAAAAUUCUUAGGGAUACACUGGGGGAAAAAAAUGUAAGGGCAAUUUAAAUGCUAGCACGGACAUAACUGCAGUACUAUACCUUUUCUUCAUGGUGAAACUGAUUUGGGGGCAUGCGUUUCUUUAUCUCUACGUUUAUUUAGGACAUUCCAUCCAGGUUGACGCUUUCUGAAAUUCAACUUAAAAAGCUGCUAAGUGGGGCUCAGAGAGAAGCAACCAACUGGAGUUAACUGCCCAUUUGGGCUCUGUGAAAUUAGGGCAAAGUAGACAUUUAUAUUCUAAGAUCACAGAGAAGGCUUUUUUCAGGUCAGACUUUCAUGAAGUGUUGGUUGGUAUUUUGGGGGGACUGAGUUGCAGCAACCAGAUUCACACAAGCACCACUGAGAAAUCUGAGUGCUGUUGUCGUCGUUCGCUGUGGCAGUUGAGGCUCAUCAAGAAAUUAGGAGCAGGGCCAUCUGCUGAAGGAUGGGCCCCUAAGGAGGUGAGAUGAGUUUGCUAGGGAGACAGAAUCAGAAUGAAGGGAACAAUGCCCCAAACAAGCCUCGCACCUGCUAGGGGCUGCUUCUUCUAAAUAUGACGGAUUGUGUGGAAUUGCAGCACAGUCAGUUUUUAGAGCAGCUGAGGUGCCUGGACCAAGAGUUCCUUUCUUCUCAUGAAUCAGGGUUUUCCUUCCAAUUUUCGUUUUCAACAUUGCAUACGAGUUGCCAACGUUUCCUGUUAUAGUUCCUUCCAGCAGGUAUGUUAUAAAAAUUA